AUGGCCUCCAUUGAGAAGGUGGCAAACUGCAUCCGCUGCCUCGCGGCGGACAUUGUCCAGGGCGGCAAGAGUGGCCACCCAGGCACGCCGAUGGGCAUGGCGCCGAUGUCAGCGGUCCUGUGGACGGAAGUGAUGAAGUACAACAGCCAGGAUCCUGACUGGGUCGACCGCGACCGCUUCGUCAUGUCGAACGGGCACGGCUGCGCACUGCAGUACGCCCUGCUGCACAUGGCGGGCUACAACCUCACCAUGGACGACCUGAAGGGAUUCCGCCAAGAUGGCUCCCGCACCCCUGGCCACCCCGAGCGUUUCGUGACGCCCGGGGUGGAGGUGACGACCGGGCCACUUGGCCAGGGUAUUGCAAACGCGGUCGGACUGGCGAUUGCCGAGGCGCACCUUGCCGCCACGUUCAACCGCCCGGGAUACAACAUCGUUGAUCACUACACUUACGUGUACUGUGGUGACGGUUGUCUGAUGGAGGGUGUGUGCCAGGAGGCGCUCUCCCUCGCCGGCCACCUCGCCCUGGAGAAGCUCAUCGUCAUCUAUGACAGCAACUACAUCUCCAUCGACGGCUCGACAAGCCUCUCCUUCACGGAACAGUGCCACCAGAAGUACGUGGCCAUGGGUUUCCACGUGAUCGAGGUCAAAAACGGUGACACUGACUACGAGGGCCUGCGCAAGGCACUGGCGGAGGCCAAGGCCACGAAGGGCAAGCCGAAGAUGAUUGUGCAAACCACAACGAUUGGGUUCGGGUCUUCGAAGCAGGGAACGGAGAAGGUGCACGGCGCGCCGCUGGGUGAAGAGGAUAUCGCCAACAUCAAGACAAAAUUUGGCCGCGACCCGCAGAAGAAGUACGACGUCGACGACGACGUCCGCGCUGUGUUCAGGAUGCACAUCGAUAAGUGUUCCGCGGAACAGAAGGCGUGGGAGGAACUCUUGGCGAAGUACACAGCCGCGUUCCCGGCCGAGGGUGCCGCCUUUGUGGCGCAGAUGAGGGGCGAGCUGCCGUCUGGGUGGGAGGCGAAGCUCCCGACGAACUCCUCGGCCAUCGCGACGCGCAAGGCGAGCGAGAACUGCCUGGCUGUGCUCUUCCCGGCCAUCCCGGCUCUCAUGGGCGGAUCGGCUGACCUCACGCCGAGCAACCUGACGCGCCCCGCGUCGGCAAACUUGGUGGACUUCUCGUCGAGCAGCAAGGAGGGUCGCUACAUUCGCUUCGGUGUCCGUGAACAUGCCAUGUGCGCCAUCCUCAACGGUCUCGACGCCCAUGAUGGUAUCAUCCCGUUCGGCGGCACCUUCCUCAACUUCAUCGGCUACGCCCUUGGUGCAGUGCGCCUCGCCGCGAUUUCUCACCACCGCGUCAUCUACGUGGCGACACACGACAGCAUCGGCGUUGGCGAGGACGGGCCAACCCACCAGCCUGUCGAGUUGGUGGCUGCCCUGCGUGCCAUGCCAAACCUGCAGGUGAUACGUCCUAGCGACCAGACAGAGACGAGCGGUGCGUGGGCUGUUGCACUGUCUAGUAUUCACACUCCAACGGUUCUGUGUCUGAGCCGCCAGAACACCGAGCCGCAGUCGGGGUCGAGCAUCGAGGGUGUGAGGCACGGCGCCUACUCGGUGGUGGAUGUGCCCGACCUGCAGCUCGUGAUCGUGGCGAGCGGCUCGGAGGUGUCGCUGGCGGUGGAUGCUGCCAAAGCGCUCUCGGGUGAGCUGCGCGUAAGGGUCGUGUCGAUGCCGUGCCAGGAGCUCUUCGACGCACAACCGGAUACGUACCGCCAGGCUGUGCUCCCCGCGGGUGUGCCGGUGGUGUCGGUGGAGGCGUACGUCAGUUUUGGCUGGGAGAAAUACUCCCAUGCGCACGUGGGCAUGUCCGGCUUCGGUGCCUCGGCCCCGGCGGGUGUGCUAUACAAGAAGUUUGGAAUUACCGUCGAGGAAGUGGUGAGGACGGGCCGUGAGUUGGCCAAGCGCUUCCCCGAUGGCACGGCGCCGCUCAAGAACUCUUCAUUCAGCAAGAUGUAA